UUAUUGACCAGAACUUUGCGGCAGUAGGAGGAGCGCACGGACUGCGGCGAUAAACAAACACGGGCUGCCGGGUCAGAGCGUCCGGUGGAUUCCUGUUGUCGGAACCAGCUGAGUCUGACAUUCCUCCCGGACCGUGUUUGGGCCAGAACCAAGCACACAAAUCCAGACUCUGUUCGGGAAACCUGUCGGUUUGUGGCUCGCGCCGCCUCUCCUGCCUGCCCUCUGAGGCGGCUUAUGUGACACAUUAACGUCCCGUCGGAGAAACGAGCGGAUCAUGACGGAGCUGAGGAAGCGAGGCGGCGGCGGCGGAGACCCGGACAGCACCGACAAUAUCAGCGACAAGGAAGCUGAUGGCGAAGACCGGCUGGGCCUGUCGGGCGACGCUGAGGGAGAAUGUGAUGUUGACUCCAAAACAGACACUCCAGAUGUUCCUGUGUCCACAGCAGACACCGACAACACUCCGGAAUGUUUGACCAAAGCUCUGGAAGGGCUGCCACCCAGGUGGAAGAAUUACUGGAUACGAGGAGUUUUGUCCAUUCCCAUGAUUUCAAGCUUUUUCCUCAUCACCUACAUGGGACCCAUAGCUCUUAUCGUUGCGGUCAUGGGUGUCCAGAUCAAGUGUUUCCAUGAAAUCAUCACCAUCGGCUACAGAGUCUACCAUUCCUACGAGCUGCCCUGGUUCAGGACUCUGAGCUGGUACUUCCUGAUUUGUGUCAACUACUUCUUCUAUGGUGAGACUGUUGCAGAUUACUUCGGGGGUUUGGUGCAGAGGGAGGAGCCUCUGCAGUUCUUGGCUCGCUAUCACCGCUUCAUUUCCUUCGCUUUGUAUCUGGCAGGUUUCUGCAUGUUUGUGCUGAGUUUAGUGAAGAAACAUUACCGCCUGCAGUUUUACAUGUUUGCUUGGACCCAUGUGACCCUGUUGAUUGUGGUAACUCAGUCCCACCUUGUCAUUCAGAACCUGUUUGAAGGAAUGAUCUGGUUUAUCGUUCCCAUCUCCAUCGUGAUCUGCAACGACAUCAUGGCUUACCUGUUUGGAUUCUUCUUUGGGAGAACUCCGCUUAUAAAGCUCUCACCCAAGAAGACCUGGGAGGGCUUCAUCGGGGGCUUUUUCUCCACCGUGAUCAUCGGAUUCAUUAUGGCCCACCUCAUGUCCCGGUUCCAGUACUUUGUUUGUCCGGUGGAGUUUAACAGCGAGACCAACAGGUUUUCUGUGGAGUGUGAGCCUUCGGACCUGUUUGUGAUGCAGGAAUACACCCUUCCUGCCGUGCUGCAAAACGCACUCAAAUGGGAGACGGUGAACCUUUACCCCUUCGCCAUCCACAGCGUAUUCCUGUCGUCCUUUGCUUCCCUCAUCGGGCCGUUUGGCGGGUUCUUCGCCAGUGGCUUCAAGCGAGCCUUCAAAAUCAAAGACUUCGCCAGCACCAUCCCGGGUCACGGAGGCAUCAUGGAUCGCUUCGACUGUCAGUACCUGAUGGCCACAUUCACUCACGUCUACAUCGGCAGCUUUGUCAGAGGGCCGAACCCCAGCAAGGUGUUUCAGCAGCUGCUGAUGCUUCAGCCGGAGCAGCAGCUCGGCAUCUUCCACACGCUGCACUCCCAUCUGAGAGAGAGGGGCAUGCUUCCCCCCGCGGCCACCCAGACGGAAUGAGGAGCACGGUGUGUGAGAUGCUUCUGAUCAUGUGGACAAGCACACACUCACACACACACAACACACACACACACACUAGCAUUAGGUUGUGUUCAGGUCUCUGUCGUCAUCAUCAUCAUCCUGUCCCUGAGUCAUCUCUGGAACAAACAUAAACAUAAACAAGGACAAAAGCUGCUGCAUCAUCAAGAGUCAGCCAGAGCUGAAGGAACUCCGAAGCACACGGCGGAGCGCACACAGAAGCUUCCACCAGCACAAACCGGGCCCGAGUCACACGGACCUGAACUCCAGCCUGCUGAGAUGAUGCCAGCAGGGUUCUGGAAGAGGACGCUACGAACGGGUCCUGCAUCCUGGUUCAAACCCAAACCUGCAGCAUGUAGUUCUGCUUUGGCUCGCCUCCUCAGAGGAACCGUAGCUUCUAGGUUCAUUAGGACACAAAUAUCGGCCAACUUGGUCGGCAUGCAGCGUAGAGCUUCAGCAGCACACGCCAAACGAAGUUCUGUACAUAAUAUACUGAAACCUUCAGCGGAACAGAUACUUGUGACUGUUUCCUGUGGAGGGAACGGUCCUAAGCUGUGAGAAAAGAUAUGCAAGAAGAAAUAAAUCUGCAGGUGUUUGUAGCUUCUAGUCUGAACGACGCGCGUUUCCACCUGGGAGAGUUGACACGUGGAAGCGUCGCCGGGCUGUGCUGGGCACACGUUUGCUGUCGGAAGCGUUAGAAGAUUGUAAGAAUGGGUUUUGUCUCGGAGAAGAUCAACGCUACUCUCAUGUGUGUUUGGUUGGUUCAGAGGCGAGUUCGUUACCUCUUCCUGUAAAGCUCCCAACGCCAAAAGCAGCUGUUUAAUUCGGCACCGUUUACAGUUUCUGAUGCAUCGUUUACUUGUUUUUAUUUAAAUGAGCUUUUUUCCUUUAGUUGCAAUAAAAAAGCCAUUUUGGUUGUAAAGAUGCACUGAAAUGAGUAAACUUAAGAAAACAGAAAUCACGCCAUUUUAGACUCUGAACACCAAACUGGAAGCAGCUUCUUGGCUCCACGUUUUUACUCCUCGGUUAAAUUUGACCUCUCCUACGUUUGGAGAUGCUCCAGCGUGUGCGAACACCAAGAAGUUAUCUUUCUUUUAAAUUACAUUUAAAUAAAAUUCUCAAUUUGUGAACUAGCAGCCACGUUUGAAAGGCCUCCAUUCAGACCAGAGCAAUCGAUCCCAUCAGCUCGUGAUUUCCUCCCAAAGUCGACUUCAAAUAAAUACGAUUGCAAACUAAAUUAGAAUGAAAACUAGACGUAUGAAGUUACUGAUGGAUUUAUUUCAGAUGUUAUUUAGAUAAAAACUGGUUCACAUGUCUGGUGCUUUAUGGCGUUUUUGUCCUCGUUCUAACAACCACCGGCUAACCAGCAGGCGGCGCCACUGACCUCUGAUUUCAUUAAAAAUAAGAUAUUUAUUUGAGCUUUACAGGAAAUCAUUCAGCUGAGAGUUUGGUUGAUGUUCUGAUGGCGUUGAGGUGGUGAUGGUGGGGGGGCGGGGGCGGGGGGGGAUUUCAAUCAAUGUAAGUUUGAAUGUAUUUGUUAAAUUAGGUCUUAAGCUAAGAGUGUGUGUGUGUGUGUGUGUGUGUGUGUGUGUGUGUGUGUAGAGGAAGUGCACUACUGUAAUAACACAAUGUGGUUAUCCAAGCUCCCUGGACUCUGGAUGGAAUCAUUUUGCUUUUAGACAAAGUCUCUGAUGGUGUUUACGGAACGUCAGGCUGAUGCUUCAGUUUCUCAGAUCGUAUCCAGGAGAGGAAAGUUUACCAAAGCGUCCCUCUGCAAAGCUCCGGAGCCCUAAAGGUCGGGGACUUCCUGUCCCCCAAAUCUGCUGCUGAUCUGUGUGUGCGUGUGUGUGCAUGUGUGUGUGUGUGUGUGAGUGAAGCCGUGAAGAUGAAAUAAGGUUUUGUGGACAGGAUGCACGCUCUCGUUAUAAAACAGGGAAGUGGAAAGCUGUGACAUCCGUCCUGAAAAAGGAAAACCUAAUUAGAAACGGUUUCCAGGCUUUAGGGAUGUAAUGAUUUAUGUCCAGCUUACAAAAUAUAUUCAGACUGUCUUCUUGCAUGGCUGCCCUGUAAUCCUAAUCCCUCUGAACAGACGCAAAACCCUCUGCAGGAGAACAACCAGUAAAAUGAAAAUGCUCGUUAGCUGGCUCAAGGAAAGUAACGAGAUGGUUUUAAGUAGUUCAUUAAUAACUGGUCGGGUGUAACGGUGUAAGAAACCCGACCGAAUCUCAGUCGCUGGCGUUUGAGCCGACGUCAGCACAGGACACGCACGACGUGUACGUUUCUUUUUCUUAAUCCGGUUUCUUCGUAGCUUCUUUUAUUGCUGAGGUGUCCUUGUGUCUGCUGAACGGCGCUUAUACAUAAAAAGCAUCAUUGUUAAUAUUAUUGUUAAUAAAAUGAAGGACCGCUGUGCUUUCCAGUAAGCCACAGACCUAAUUUAAGUAACAGAGGGGUUUAAACGCGCCUCUGGGAGCACAGGACACGUGCGUCCUGUCCACAAAGACACUUGUUUUACACAAGCUUUAUUUUGUCCCUCAGGGCUUCCCGUAGUGUGCUAGUCUGGAGUUCUGCAGUCACAAAUGUUUUGUUCUGUUCACAAGUCCUUUGAAAGGUGCGUCUGGAUCUGUGUGUGUGUGUGGGUGGGGGGUGGGGGGGGGGCACACACACAUACAUGGACACACACACACACACACACCUGAACUGAAGUUAAUUUUAGAUGAUUAAAUGUGGAGUUUGGAGUGUGCCACGGGGAUAAUCCCAUUCCCGUUUUAACAUAAGAAAUGUAGCCCAGCAGGCUAAGGAAGUGCCUUCCUCACAUUUAUUUAUUUUAUUUGUAUUCAACUGUAAUGUAAUAAAGUUUGUUUUAUUACAUUUUUUAUUCCAUCCAGGAAUUCUGUUUUAUCACUUGGAACGUUUACGGAAUUCUGAUGCAGGAAAACAUUUUUAUUUGGUGACUAAAUCGGAAUAACCCGGAAUCGGCAUGGGCCCUCAGAACCAGAACUGAUGUUGAAUAACCGAAAUUUGUGUCGGAACAGGGAAACAUUCCUGUCUUAUGUGGGCGGGGCUGGAAAAUCCUGGGAAUUCCUGAAAGUGCUUUAAUUUGAUUUGACAAAGGAGUUUUAAGAUCUAAGAGUUUAUCUGUAAAACUCAGAAACACUUAGUUUUAGGUUUUUUGUUGUACUGUUGGGCUGCACUGUGGAGCAGUGGUUAGCGCUGUUGCCGCGCAGAAAGAAGGUCCUGGGUUCGAAUCCCAGCCUGGGGUCUUUCUGCGAGGAGUUGGCAUGUUCUCCCUGUGGGGUCUCUCCGGGUUCUUCGGCUUCCUCCCACUGUCCAAAAACCCGAGCGGUUGGUUGGUCUCUCAUCCGCGACCCUGCUCGGACGGGCAGGUCUAGAACACCCAAAAGCACCCAAACCCACAGAUGUGUUUCAUCCAUUUGUUAAUCCAGAAAAUCCCGAGAUUAGAUCAUCUCUUUUACCAGGAUUAGGGCCAAGACGAGAAGCAGCAAAGAGCAAAACAAGCCAAUAAAUUUACAAGAAUGGAUGAAAUUCUGGAUCACAAACGAAGCGGCUGCCUCUGAGGUUCUGCGCUGCAGAAGGUCACUGAAACCCGGACGCCACUUCCUCCAAAGCUCACGAUUUCAUGUCCCUUGCAGUGGCACGCUCCAGGCUCCGCUGUCCAAAUCCAGAUCCGAGGUUUAAGUUGAACCCGGAGCUGCAGAGGAAGGCCGUCUGCAGUCUUUGUUUGUUUGUUUGUUUGUUUGUUUGUGUCUGCUCGGCUGUACGCAGAAAGGGUUUCAUUUAACCGUUUUAGAUCGAUCUGCUGCAGAAGAAGGAAGCUGUUGAAUCAAAGCAAUACUUAAAAGUCUCAGACUCUUGAUGUUAUGAUGAAGAUGUUCUAAAAUGUUUAUUGUGAAGAAAUGAAUAAAGUUUUUUCUUUUAAA